AAAAUGACACCCUCUGUCCACGCAAUCUCCCCAUGUCUGCAUACAACGACACGUCGUUUGCGAAAAGCAAAACCUUAAACCAUAGUUAGCUAGUUAGCGUCUUCCGCACUCGUUCGUUCCAUAAAAGGAAUCCACUUCUGCAACUGCUUCUUCAUCGAAAUGGAGAAUCUCCAUAACCAUAGGAGCAUUACUAACACUAAUACUAGACCUCCACGUGGCUUUACAGAUAUUUUCAGGAGAGAGUUUGGCUUGUCUCAUCCCAACGGUUUUGCGCGUCGCUUUUCAGCUUCCGAGGUGCUUGUGAAGAGCUUGAAUUUAUAUGGGAAGUUAGAUGGUCAUGAAGGAUGCGUAAAUGCAGUGGAAUUUAACUCCACUGGUGACCUUCUUGUCUCUGGUUCUGAUGACCGACAAGUAAUGUUUUGGAACUGGGCAUCCAAAUCUAGGUUGUUUGCAUAUCCUUCUGGCCACACAGACAACAUAUUCCAGACAAAGGUUAUGCCAUUCACUGAUGACUGCCGUAUAGUAACUUCUGCUGGUGAUGGCCAGGUAAGGCUUGGCCUUCUCAGGGACGACAGUAGAGUUGACACUACAAUGUUGGGGAAGCACCAUGGUUGUGUAUACAAGCUUGCUGUGGAGCCUGGCAGUCCUCACAUAUUUUACAGUUCUGGUGAAGAUGGAUUUAUUCAACAUUUUGAUUUGCGAAGUAGUUCUGCUACAAAACUUUUCUGUUGUUCCUCAUCAGUAGGUAACAAUAAACAUCUUCCAAGCAAAAUAGGGUUGAAUUCCAUUGUGAUUGACUCCAGAAAUCCAUAUUAUUUUGCUGUCGGUGGAUCUGAUGAAUAUGCACGUGUUUAUGACAUGAGAAAAUGCCAGUGGGAUUCAGCAAGAAAUUCAGAUCGACCUGUCAACACAUUUUGCCCUCGUCACUUAAUUGGUUCAAAUAGUGUCCAUAUCACAGGAUUGGCUUACUCAAGCUUUAGUGAACUCCUUGUUUCUUAUAAUGAUGAGCUUAUCUAUCUUUUUGAAAAGAAUUUGGGCUUGGGUUGUUCACCUUCAUCUGCUACAUCUGAGGAUCUGAAGAAUGUUCAAGAGGCACAAGUUUACUCAGGCCACAGAAAUGCACAGACAAUUAAAGGAGUGAAUUUUUUUGGCCCAAAUGAUGAAUAUGUCUUGAGUGGUUCAGAUUGUGGCCAUAUAUUCAUCUGGAAGAAGAAGGAAGCUAAGCUGGUGAGAUUAAUGAUAGGUGAUCAACAUGUUGUAAAUCAACUUGAGGCUCAUCCUCAUACACCAAUUCUUGCCACUUGUGGUAUAGAAAAAAAUGUGAAAAUCUGGGCUCCUCAAAGGAAUAAUAUACCUCCACUACCGUUAAAUGUGAAAGAGAUAAUGGAGGCAAACAGACAGGGCAGAGAAGAUCGAUCACGUGUGACUCUUACUCCUGAUGUUAUAAUGCAUGUUCUUCGCCUGCAGAGGCGGCAGACAUUGGCAUAUAUUGAAAGAAGACAUAAUAGGGCAGAUAUUGUGAGUGAUGAAGAAGAUGCAGAGGGCUACCUUUUAGGAUUCUUAGAUGGUGAUGCCUCUUCUGAAGAGGAUUCUCCUGGAAAUUCCAGAGAUUGCAACAUUAGUUAAAGCUAAAAGAAGCAAGUUUUGUUGCUUUGGCUGACUAAUUUGUUAGAAGCACUGAAUGAUGUUAGCUUUACUGUUUUUCACUAAGCAGUACCAUAUACAUACAUGUUUGAAACUUGAGCUAAUAAACAUCAUUAGGGAAACAGUGUGCAUAGGUGUAAAAUCUGGAUUGUUCUAGUUGAAGUUUAGGUAGAGUGCUGUUAAAUUAAGAUAUUAUCAUGUGUACAGGAAUAAAAUAAGUAUACGUUUGUGUUGGUAAUUACAGCAAGUGUAAAUUUGAUGCUGGAUGUGCAUAUUGCGUAACCCUACUCUUGAUUCUUGAAUAUUGAAUAUUACCGGUGUUUUUCAUAUAUAAUUUUUUUUUAUUUUAUGAAUGAA